UGCAAAGACCGGAGAGGCAAAAACUCGCCAAUUUUGACUUCGCGGUAAACUAGAGUUGAAAUCCGGUCAAAUCAAGCUCCGGUGAGCUUAUCGGAGAUGGAGGAGAAGCCGUCGGGGAAGAGAGUGAAGUCGGAGGACGACCACGCGGCGGCGAAGAAGGUGAAGACGGAGGAGGACCAUGGCGGCGGCAGCAAAAGCUUGGAUACAGCGAAAGCCGAUAAGCUUGUGUGGCUGAUGAAGCUGCCGCAGGUGGUGGCCAAGUCAUGGAACUCGCACCCUUCCUCCGAUCCUCACCCCGUCGCCAAAGUCGUCCUCUCCCUUGAUCCGCUCGAAACCGAUGAGACCGCCGCCGUGCAGUUUAAAAUGGAGGUUGCGCAGACUGAGGUAGGGAUGAAGCCGAAGAGUUAUUCGAUGAAUAUGUCGAAAGACUUUGUUCCCAUGUGUGUUUUCUCUGAGGCAAAUCAAGGCAAGAUUGCUGUUGAAGGUAAAGUUGAGCACAAGUUUGACAUGAAGCCCCAUGGUACAAACUUUGAGGAGUAUGGGAAGAUGUGUCGAGAAAGGACUAAUAAGUCCAUGAUCAAGAAUAGACAAAUACAGGUGAUCGACAAUGACCGAGGAGUACAUAUGAGGCCCAUGCCUGGUAUGAUCGGCUUGAUUUCUACCAAUGCCAAGGAUAAGAAGAAACCUGUUCCGGUUAAACAAUCAGAUGUCAAGAGGACCAGAAGGGAUCGCGGGGAACUGGAGGAUAUCAUGUUCAAGUUAUUUGAGAGACAACCAAAUUGGGCAUUAAAGCAGCUUGUGCAAGAGACUGAUCAACCUGCACAAUUCCUGAAAGAGAUACUAAAUGAGCUGUGUGUAUACAACAAAAGGGGAACCAACCAGGGUACUUAUGAGCUUAAGCCAGAGUAUAAGAAAUCUGUUGAUGAUACACCUGCGGAAUAAGUAUUCUUUGCCAUCUAAGCAUCAUCCGCUUUCCCUUUCAACAACCGCAAGUUCCCAAUUGCGGAAGAAAGGUCGCCUGAAUUGUACGAGAAAGUCACACCAUCAAGCCAGAACUUUAAACAUGCGAGAAGUAGUCUCCAUUUCAUCUCUUUAACUUUCACAGUUAUAUUCUCUUGAUCUGACGGGUGAUAGAAACACUUCCUUAAACUUACAGGGCGAGCAUCAGUUUGAUUUAACGUGUACACCCAUAAAUCCAUAAUACUGGUUUGCGUAGUAUUUUAGUUUGAGGAUAGCUGAAAUACUUGCUACGACAACCCUUAUAAUGUAAUCAAAUCGUUACAAGAUUAUAAAUGCAAAUGCCACUGAUAUUAUUUUCCUCCA